CAGAGGUGACACCCCCUCUUGGUGUGGGACUCAGGGUCCAGCCUGGAGUCUGACAGCUGCAACUCCAGGAAGGGGUUGAGACAGGAGAGCCCGGCCCCAGCUUCCUCUGGGCGGGGCACCCACACCACAAGUUCUUAGGCCACCGGGGCAGUGGCCCCAGAUGCCAGCUUGCCCGAAGGGAGCCUGACGCUAGGAGGAGCCAUGGGAGGCAUCCAGCUUGCUCUGCUGCUCUUCCUGCUGGGCUGGGAGCGAGGCCUCAGCCUGCAGUGCUACAACUGUACUAAGAACAUGGAUAGAGCCAAAGGGUGCCAGCCCGCCCAGUGUGCCACAUCUGACAGCAUCUGCGUCAGGGUUAAGUUGACCAUGGCCUUUAGCAAUGGAACCAGAAACCACGAGCAGUACAAGGGCUGCGUACCCUCCUGUGCGGAGAUCAAACAAGAAAUGAGCCUGAUCUCCGGGCAUAUCAUUCCGGAGACCGAGAACGAGCCCGUCGCCAUGAUGUAUAUAGUGAAGGAGGUGACUUGCUGUGAAGAGGACCUGUGUAACGGGGGACCCCGGCCCAGGCGCAGCCCCUGGGCCCUGGCGGCGGGGCUCCUGCUCAGCCUCGGGCCCGCCUGCCUCUGGGCCCUGCUGUGAGCGCCCGGCUGGCCACGCAAACCAGGGAACCACGCGGGGUGCUUCAUGCCGCGGGUCCUGGAGCAAGCGCGCGGGUACACCUGCGCAUGCGUACAUAUGCACCCGCACGCACACUCACACACGCGCGCGCGCGUGCACAUUUGCACCAGUUCGCACGCGCACAGAUGCACGCACACAUUCACACGUGCACAGGCUCUCCUGCACCCCCCACCCCCACCAGCCUGCCCCGUUUUGCAAACACCAUCAGUUGACCACUGACCCAGGACGCAGGGGCCGCUAGUCCCGACAGCGCCGCCCGGGGUCCCUCCAACGGGGUGCCAACGACGGAGGGAGAAUAAACGCUUUCUACACCCCGG